GAUGCUGCUGCUGCGGCUGCCGCCGCUUCCCCCGCGGCCAUGGCCGGGCGCCCGGGCACUUCCAGGAAAUGCCCCUGGAGAGCCCGUCACCCCCUACUGGGUCCUGGAUGGUCCAUCCUGGCAUGCAGUCACCCUGGAAGAGCCGAUCUUGACACUAGAUGUGGGGAUGUUGGUCUUGGAGGCUGAAGGCCAGGAGCUCCUGCUUGAACUGAAGAAGAAUCACAGGCUGCUGGCCCCAGGGUACACAGAAACCCACUACAGCCCCGAUGGGCAGCCUGUGGUGCUGGUCCCUAACUACACGGAUCAUUGCCACUACUAUGGGAGAGUGAAGGGCUACCAGGACUCCUGGGUAGUCCUCAGUGGCUGCUCUGGGAUGAGUGGCCUGAUCAUGCUCAGCAGCAAUACCAGCUAUUACCUGCUUCCCUGGCCACCUGGGGACUCCAAGGACUCCUCAACCCACAUGAUCUUCCGGACAGAGAGGCUGUUCAUCUGGAAAGGGGCCUGUGGCUUCUGUGACAAUCAGGGCAGGACCAGCCUUCCUCCAGCUCCCCAUAACAGGGAGAAGCGAGAGGCCCACCGUAAGAGCCCAAUGUACCUGGAGCUGUACCUGGUGGCUGACCACACCCUGUUCAUGAUCCAACAUCAGAACUUGAACCACACCAAACAGCGUCUCCUAGAGGUCGCCAAUUACGUGGAUCAGAUUCUCAGGACACUGGACAUUCAGGUGGUGCUGACCGGCCUGGAAGUGUGGACAGAGCAGGACUACAGCCAAAUCACACCGGACGCCAAUGCCACGCUCUGGGCCUUCCUGCAGUGGCGCCGGGAGUUGUGGGCGCGGAGGCCACAUGAUUCGGCACAGCUGCUCACGGGUCGCACUUUCCAGGGCACCACUGUGGGCCUGGCUCCGGUCGAGGGCAUGUGCCGAGCCGAGAGCUCCGGAGGUGUGAGCAUGGACCACUCGGAGCUCCCGAUCGGCGCGGCUGCCACCGUGGCCCACGAGAUCGGCCACAGCCUUGGCCUCAGCCACGACCCCGACGGCUGCUGCGUGGAGGCCACAGUGGCACAGGGCGGUUGCGUCAUGGCGGCGGCCACCGGGCACCCUUUCCCGCGAGUGUUCAGCGCCUGCAGCCGCCGCCAGCUGCGCAGCUUCCUCCGCAAGGGGGGCGGCGCGUGCCUCUCGAACGCUCCGGGCCCCGGGGUUCCCGCGCCUCCGGCCCGCUGCGGGAACGGCUUCGUGGAGUCGGGUGAAGAGUGCGACUGCGGCCCGGACCAGAGGUGCCCGGACUCCUGCUGCUUCGCCCACAACUGCUCGCUGCGCGCGGGGGCGCGGUGCGCGCACGGGCUCUGCUGCGCGCGCUGCCUGCUGAAGCCGCCCGGGACGCUGUGCCGCCGGGCUGUGGGUGACUGUGACCUCCCCGAAUUCUGCACGGGAGCCUCCCCUCAUUGUCCUCCGGACAUUUACCUACUGGACGGCUCGCCCUGCGCCGGGGGCCGCGGCUACUGUCGGGAUGGCACGUGUCCCACUCUGGAUCAGCAGUGCCAGCGGCUCUGGGGCCCUGCCUCGCGCCCAGCACCACAGGCCUGUUUCCAAGUGGUAAACUCCGCGGGAGACACGCGUGGGAACUGUGGUCAGGACAGUGCGGGUGGCUUCUUGCCUUGUGCACCAAGGGAUGCCCAGUGUGGGAAACUGCAGUGCCAGGGUGGGGAGCAGAGCUCACUCGUGCCACACAUGGUGCCCCUGGACUCUACGGUUCACCUAGAGGGCAGGGAGAUGGCUUGCCGCGGAGCCCUCGCACUCUCUGAUGCACAGCUGGACCUGUUUGAUUUAGGCCUGGUAGAACCGGGCACCCAAUGUGGACCUAGCAUGAUGUGCCAGGACAGGCGCUGCCAGAAUGCGACUUUCCAGGAGCUGGAGCACUGCCUGAUUACCUGCCACAACCAUGGAGUUUGCAAUAACAACCAUAACUGCCACUGUGAUCAGGGCUGGGCGCCUCCCUUUUGUGACCGGCCAGGCUUUGGUGGUAGCGUGGACAGUGGCCCUAUGCAGCCUGAAAAGCACGAUGCCUUCCUGCUGGCCUUGCUCCUCAGCUUCUUGCUGCCUCUGCUCCCUGGGGUUGGUCUGGCCUGGUGCUGCUACAGGCUCUCAGGACUUCGGUUCCAGCCAUGUUUCUGGGGCUGCAGGAGGAAGCCCAUGGGCAGCCGGUCCAACAAUGUCCCACAAAGGGAGCACCUCCCAGGUGGAGUUCACACCAUGGAGUUGGGCCCUACUGCAGCUGGAGAGUCCCAGUGCCUGGAACUCAAGAAUACUGCCAGAGCCCAGCAGCCACCCUGAGAAGCCUGUAGUCAUGUAGCCCUGCCUUCCUG